AUGACGACCUCGGCGCUGCGCCGGCAGGUGAAAAACAUCGUACACAACUACUCGGAGGCAGAGAUCAAGGUGCGGGAGGCCACCUCCAAUGAUCCCUGGGGACCCCCCAGCUCCCUGAUGUCAGAGAUCGCUGACCUCACCUUCAACACGGUGGCCUUCGCCGAGGUCAUGGGUAUGAUCUGGCGGCGGCUGAACGACAGCGGCAAGAACUGGCGUCACGUCUACAAAGCCCUCACUCUCCUGGACUACCUCAUCAAAACCGGCUCCGAGAAGGUGACCCACCAAUGCCGGGAGAACCUCUACACCAUCCAGACGCUGAAGGACUUCCAGUACGUGGACCGGGACGGCAAGGACCAGGGCAUCAACAUCCGGGAGAAGGUGAAGCAGGUGAUGGCGCUGCUGAAGGCCGAGGAGCGGCUGAAGCAGGAGCGGGCGCACGCGCUGCAGACCAAGGAGCGCAUGGCCCUCGAGGGCAUGGGCAGCGGUAGCCACCAGGCCACCUAAAAAAAGGCUCACUGUGGGGUGGAAGCCAGCGUUGCAUUUGGUGUGCACCCGCCUGGUGCCCAUUCAUCAUCCUCAUCCCCACGGUUUGCGUCUGACCUGGAGCAAGCGAGGCCCCAGACGACGGGCGAGGAGGAGCUGCAGCUACAGCUCGCGUUGGCCAUGAGCCGGGAGGAGGCGGAGAAGAAGCCACUUCCUCCAAUUUCCAGUACAGACGAAGAAAGGCAAUUGCAGCUAGCGCUCGCGCUGAGCAAAGAGGAGCACGAGAAGGAGGUGAGGGCUUGGCAAGGGGAGAACUCCCUGCUUCAGAGAGCCAUGGAGGAAACUGCCCAGGGCAGGGAGGAAGAGGAGGAAGAAGAUAAGAUGAAGAAAAGCCAGUCCUCUAUCAUGGAGCUGGCAGAUAUAUUCGGGCCGGCGCCAGCCCCUGCCAGCCCCACCUCUGCUGACCCGUGGGAUAUGCCAGAUAUGAAACCCAAAGCGGAGCCAGCAGCCUCUGCCUGGGCUGGCACAACUGAUCCCUGGGUGCCAGUCCCGGCCGCUGGUGGGGAUACCCUCUCCCAGGCGAGCGCCUCGUCCCAGCAAACCUCGGCUGGGCCCUGGGACUUCCCCCCCAGCACCACCGCAGCCUCCGACCCCUGGGGGAAGGCACCCUUGUCUUCUGGCUUCCCUCCGGCAGACCCCUGGGCGACAGCAUCCCCCCCUGCCCAGGUCCCUGGUUCUACGUCGGCUACUGACCCUUGGGCCGCUGUGGCCGAGCAACCUCCUAACGCUGCUACAGGGGGGGACGCUUUCGACCUCUUUGCAAAGCCGCCUGAGCCAGCCGAGCCACCAGAGCAGGAGCCCUCGCAGCCACCCUCCUCCGCCAAGUCCAACAGCACCAGCUUUGACCUCACAAACCUGGCUGACUCCCUGCCCGAAUCCGGCAAGGAGAGGAAGGACUGUAAAACCCCCGAGGCUUUCCUCGGCCCUGCCGCCUCCUCCCUGGUCAACCUGGACUCCCUGGUCGCACCUGCACCGGCCUCCAAGACACGCAACCCCUUUCUCUCGGGUCCAGUCCCGCAGACACCGCUCCCUUACCCGCGGCUGUCGGGUGACUGUGCCCCCAAAGGAUACUUACUGGUGGUGGGCUGGGGGCUGGAGGGGAGAAAGCCCUGA